GGAUUCUGAAGAGUAUGGAAAUGGUGCGAUUUUCAGUUUUUUCUCGUUCCUUCCACUUACGCUUACGCGGUACUACUUCUUUUUUCUUCCCCACUGCGCCUCUCUCUCUAAACCCAACCUAAAAUUUCAACAAAUCCCAUUUUGCAGACAAACAUACCCACCAGACCCACAUCUUCAAGCACGCGAAGCGACCAAAUUUGAUCACAAACAGGCCCUUUUUUGCUCCCCCAUCGGAACCCCAUGAUGUUGAGAUCAUUCUACCGGCCGCUGGAGCGCUGUUUUGGGCGCUGGGCCGGCGACGGCCUGCUCUGGCACUCUGAAUUGAAGCCUCAUGCCUCUGGCGAUUACUCGAUCGCCGUUGUUCAGGCCAACUCCUGCCUUGAGGAUCAGAGCCAGGUGUUUACGUCUCCCUUGGCUACCUAUGUUGGUGUUUAUGAUGGCCAUGGCGGCCCCGAGGCCUCUCGCUUUGUGAAUAAGCAUCUCUUUCCUUAUAUGCACAAGUUUGCUACUGAACAAGGUGGGCUCUCGGAGGAUGUUAUUAAGAAGGCAUUCAAUGCUACAGAAGAGGAUUUUCUGCGUUUGGUGAAGCGGGCUCUGCCUGCCAAGCCACAGAUUGCUUCAGUUGGGUCAUGCUGCCUCGUGGGAGCGAUUUCGAAUACGAAAUUGUACGUUGCGAAUCUCGGGGAUUCGAGGGCUGUGCUCGGCCGGAGAGGUUCGGAGAGUAAGAGAACUCCGGUGGUUGCAGAGCGGUUGUCUACUGAUCACAAUGUUGGAGUUGAUGAAGUUAGGAAAGAGGUUGAAGCACUGCAUCCUGACGACUCCCAUAUUGUUGUCUAUAGCCGUGGAGUUUGGAGGAUAAAGGGCAUAAUUCAGGUUUCAAGGUCUAUCGGCGACGUCUAUUUGAAGAAACCCGAAUUCAACCGGGAUCCAAUAUUCCAACAGUUUGGGAACCCCGUCCCGUUGAAACGACCAGUAAUGACCGCAGAACCAUCGAUCCUGACACGAGAGCUUAAACCCCAAGACUUGUUCCUGAUCUUUGCAUCAGAUGGCCUCUGGGAACAACUGACUGAUGAGGCUGCUGUGGAGAUAGUUUUCAAGAACCCAAGAGCUGGAAUUGCAAAGAGAUUAGUGAGAGCCGCCCUCCACGAGGCAGCAAAGAAGCGGGAGAUGAGAUACGCAGACAUAAAGAAGAUCGAAAAGGGGAUUCGGCGUCACUUCCAUGACGACAUAACUGUUAUCGUCGUCUACCUCGACCACCACAGAAGCUCACCUACAGGGCGGGCGAAGAACGGCAUUGCCGGGUACACGAGUGCACCCGUUGACAUCUUCUCUCUAAACUCAAACUAUGAGGCAGAGGAAAAACUUGGCAACAGCAUGUUCUGAAAGAUUGAAUUGAUCUGAGAGGUAAAUUAAUGAUACACACAGAGAUUAGGAGGAGAAAUGGUAGGUAUGGGAUUGACAAGAGCUGUUCAUCAGUAGAAGAAAACACAGUUGAUGACUUUGUAGAUAGAUUAAAUUUUAGUCACUAAUUGCUGCUCUAAUGGAAACCAGCUACCUUUGAUUUUUUUGUACUCAAUUCUAACCACUUUUUUUUUCUUGGUUUAUUAUUGAUUUUUUUCCAUUGACUUGUUUGAAGUUAUCAUCACAUUCAAUAA